AUGCUAUUAUCAUUGAUUUUAAGAUUUUUCUACAUUAUCAUUACAUUGAUCAUUAUUGUUUAUGUGAAAUCCGUCAAACAAUUCGAUGUCGGACAUUAUCUUGAUCCAUUUGAUUCACAUCCACGACUUUUAAUGAAAAAUGGACAUCUUGUCCUAUUGACUGGCCGUAAUAAAGAUAUCGUUUUUCGUUCAUCCGGUUCUGGACAAAUACGAAUAAAUGGAAAUGAUUUAUUGGCAACAAAACUUCAAUCCAUUAAUCAAGAAUUGGAUCCAAUCAAUUCGAAUACAAAUGAUAUUGUUGCACAGCAAAAUUCUUCCUUUGAUCUUCACGUAUUGAUGAACUUACACAACGUUUAA